UGGGCGUCCCUGUGGGGGUGUGCGGUAGGGGUUUCCAGACCCGGCGCCAGCACCCUAGCGGCCCCUUCCAUCUGGGGCUCGGCUUAGGGUCGCCCUCGGCGGGCGGCUCCCGGAUUUGGAAGGACGGCAGGAGAACCAGCCCGCUCCGGGGCUGCGGGGUCCGCUGGGCAGACGGGAAGAUGGCGGCAGCGUCGGUCUCGACGACUUCUGGGUCUCAGUUCUCGACUGCUGGCAGUAAUGAGGACAUUUGAAUUUCAUUGAUUAAACCUUGGCAUUCAAAAACGUCUUAGCUGAACCAUCAAGGUCUAAUGGAAGUAUGCUUCGCCAUUCCACAUCUUCAUAUGUAGUAUAUCCACCAGAUAAGCCUUUCCUUAAUAGUGAUCUACGACGCUCCCCAAAUAAGCCUACACUUGCCUAUCCAGAAAGCAACAGCAGAGCCAUAUUUUCUGCUCUGAAGAAUCUUCAAGAUAAGAUUCGACGCUUAGAACUUGAAAGGAUUCAAGCAGAAGAAAGUGUGAAAACCUUGUCUAGAGAAACAGUUGAAUAUAAGAAAGUAUUGGAUGAACAGAUACAAGAAAGGGAGAAUUCAAAAAAUGAGGAAUCAAAACACAAUCAAGAGCUGACAUCUCAGUUGUUAGCUGCAGAAAGUAAAUGCAAUCUUUUAGAAAAACAAUUGGAAUACAUGCGUAAUAUGAUAAAGCAUGCAGAAAUAGAAAGGACGUCUGUCUUGGAGAAACAGGUUUCCCUAGAAAGAGAACGACAACAUGAUCAAACACAUGUUCAGAGCCAACUUGAAAAAUUGGACCUUCUUGAGCAGGAAUAUAACAAACUAACUGCAAUGCAGGCCCUAGCUGAAAAAAAAAUGCAAGAAUUGGAAGCAAAACUUCGUGAAGAAGAAAAGGAAAGAAAACGUAUGCAGGCUAAAGCAGCUGAGUUGCAGACAGGUCUAGAAACAAAUAGACUUAUAUUUGAAGAUAAGGAAACUCCUUGUGCCCCCUGUGCAAGAAGAAUUAAAAAAAAGAAGUCAAAACCACCAGAAAAGAAAGGUUCUAGGAACUAUUUUGCUGCUCAACCACAUUAUAGAUUAUGCUUGGGUGAUAUGCCAUUUGUAGCUGGGAAGUCUACGAGUCCCAGUCAUGCUGUUGUAGCCAAUGUCCAGCAUGUCUUGCAUCUAAUGAAGCAACACAGUAAAGCCUUGUGUAAUGAUCGAGUAGUCAGCAGUGUUCCUUUGGCAAAGCAAGCAUCUUCACGAAGUGGUAAAAGUAAGAAGUUGUCAGUAAGGCCGUCCUCCUCUAGCAGCAGCAUUAAUGAAGAGUUGUCAGAAGUCUUACAGACUUUACAAGAUGAAUUUGGGCAAAUGAGCUUUGAUCAUCAGCAACUUGCAAAACUUAUCCAAGAAUCACCAACUAUUGAACUGAAAGAAAAUUUAGAGUGUGAACUGGAAGCAUUAGUGACAAGGAUGGAGGCAAAAGCCAAUCAAAUAACUAAAGUUCGUAAAUAUCAAGCCCAGCUGGAGAAACAGAAGAUAGAAAAGCAGAGAAGGGAACUAAGAACCACCAAAAAGACUCUUGAUGAAGAAGGAAACAGCAGCAGCCGUUCUUCUGGAAACACGGGGACCACAAAUAAGAAGGACUGUACCAAACCCAGACCUGGGGAAAAAAGCAGGAAAAAUCUUCAGUUACUGAAGGACAUGCAAACCAUACAGAGUUCAUUACAAAGCAGUAAUUUGUGUUGGGAUUACUGACUGGUACCAGGUUAUAAAUUUUAUUCAGAUAACCUGUACUUCAUCAAUCAAAUGUUGACAGUUUCUUUUCCAGGUCUCAUAUUCUUAUGUUGGAAUUAAUAGGUGGUACCGGGCCCACACUUUAUUCAUUACACAGGCUUCUUGUGUUUGCACAUCACAACUCAAUGUUAAAUCCUCUAGAUAGAAAUCAGGGGCGUUUCAAAGGCUAAGAAGCUACACAUACUUUGUUUCUUUGAGAUGAAUUUGUUGUACUGAAAUAUUGUGCUUUGUAAACAAAAUACCAAUUUUUUACUUGUGGGCGUGAUCUUUUAAAAUAGUUCUUUAUUUGUCUAAGUAAAUUUAGAUUUAAAUUAUCAAAAUAGAGGCUGUCCCAUAGGCAGUGUUUGCUGGAAAAGUCUCAUUUUUAAAUCUUCCCCUGGCAUGAAUUGCCCUUUUCUUCUUACUACUACAAACAUUAAAUAUACUUUGUUUUGACUUUUGAUGGAGGUUUUCUAUAUUUAAAUAUUUAUGCAUAUUUAAGAAGAUUGUUUCAUUUUGCUUUUUAACAUUUCAAACAUCAAUCAGUAUUGAAUACAGUUAAAGUUUUUAAAAAGACUCAAUCAUUCAUUUUAAGUCAAUGAAGUGUGAAGAUUAUGAAAGACUUUUUUAAAGUAUAAAAUUGUUAAGUAAAAGGUUUUGGAAUGAAGAGGUAAGGGGAGGUAUGGGAAAACAUUUGUUUUUAAAUAGUAUGUGUUUGUAAUCAUGCUAUUCAGUUCAAAGAAUUAUGGGUUUUAAUCUAUGAAGAACCCCUUGGAUAUUUACUUUGAUUGGUGUACAGUAUGAGUGCAGUCUUAACUGUACACGUGCAAUUGUUAUCUUAAUAAUGUAAAUCAUUUUGAAUAUAUAAAAUCGUUAACCUUUUAUAAAUUUGCCAUUUAAGUCAAUAAAAGCAGCUUUUUUAAGGAAAUACUGAAAUUUUCCUUAACAGCCUGUUAAUAAAGGCUUUAUUUGUUGUAAUUUUUUAAAACGCAUUUCCAAGUAGUAGCAUAUUCAAAAAAAUAAGAAUAUGUGGUAUUUAUAAGUACAUAAUUUACUUGCCUUUCUCAUGCUUACAUGGAAACUAAAUCCAAGAAAAUUGAAUUAUCUUGUGGUACAGGAUAUGGUACUCUUAGGGUACUAAGGAACACAUUAACCACAUAUCAAAGAAAUUCAUUUUUAUGCCUCCUCUGGGAUUGAAAUAAAUUUCUAGGAUUUUUUCUACAUAACCAACAUGAAUUGUAUUGGCUGUCCAGGCACUAUACUUAUUAAAUUAUUUUUCUAUAAAGUUUUUAUUUUAGGAUCUUUACAUUUGGGGGUAUUUGUGAAUUUACUGAAAUUGUAUGUAAACUUUUGCUUGCAUGUACAAUUUUCUGAUGAGCAGGUUUGUAUCUUCAUUGAAUGCAUAGCUCUGAGUCCACAGACCCAAGGAAUCACUGUUCCAUGACAUGGAAAAUAUUUCUUGUGUCUCAAUCACUUUUUCAACUAUUAAAAUUUUGUUGCCUUUGUUUUUGAA